AGGAACCGAGAAAUUACGGGGUCCAACAAUGCAAAUAUCGUUUUACCUGCCAUAAAUCCUAGAUAUAUAUCCCUCUCGCCUUCCCCAAGCUGCCAAAGUCCUGCAAAAGCUGGUUGGAGCUGAUGCCCGAGUCGUCGUCAUCGAGACGAUAACGAUAAGAAGAUGAAAUUGUGGGGAACACCUCUCCCGUCAACACGUUUAUUACGACGCGACGGGUACCGAUGACUGAUUCCUUCCUCUCUCCAUGUAUGUUGAGCUUCAUCCAGGUUCCGAAUUCCAGGUUCCGGGUUCUAGCUCAGAUCGAAAUCGAUACGAAUCCCGUAAACUAUAAAGAUCUUAUUGAUCAUUCCAAGCUGGAGCAGGUCGAGCUUCUCCCGUAGUCUCAAGCUUCAAGUUUGGAAACUCCACUCAAGGAACAGCUCCACAACUCAGGACCUCAUACAGGGUUACGAAACAAGCUUUUUAGCAUACAUUCCAAAGAACCACCAUGAUACUUGGCGGAGGCUUUCAACCUUCAAUCACUAUGACCACGAUUCCACAACGGCAUGUUUCUCUAAGCCAUGCACGUGAAUAUCAAUUGGACAGGAAAGUAUUCAUCAGGUAAAAGAAACUCUCUCUAUGUGGCUUUUGUGGCUGAAUGCUUGCAGUUGGGAGCUCCUAGAGCUAUAAAUCAGAAUACAUCAUCGAAUGUCGUCAUAAAGCUUUUCUGAUGGCAGCCAAGUUAUUGAAUAUCUCAUGUCAAUCAUCUAUUUACUUAUAUUCUCAAUAUCCCCAAUACUGCUGACAUUAACAUACCCAUUUCGUCCCUUUUGAAUACUGCAAAUACUAAGUAUAACCCACUGUAACUUUCUAAUUCAAUUUGCUCACCAUGUCUCUCGCACGCCAUGUAAGUUAAUGUUAAUACCCCCUUUAGUGUCAAAUUCCAAACUAUCUCAGACUGACCAAAUCUCCACUUCAGGUCGACCCAGAUGAGAUUGUUGGGAGUCUUCAACAUAUGCACAUGAAAGAAGCUGGUAAAAAGCAUAUACAUACCAAAGGAGGAACCUCUCAUAUCACCCCCUACUCUACUCGAUAUGCUUCCCAACAAGAAAUACCCAAAUUCCAAAUACCACAAGACGGUGCACCAGCCGAUGCUGUUCAUCAAAUUUUGAAGGAUGAGUUAGAUCUUGACGGUAGGCCUAAUUUGAAUCUGGCAAGGUUUGUUACCCCGUUUGACUUUCCAGAGAACAGAAAAGCCAGUUCACAAUUACUAAUUACACCACCAGUUUCGUCGGUACAUACAUGGAAUCUCAUGCUGAACAAUUGAUGUUCGAAAAUAUUUCCAAAAAUAUGUCUGAUGCGGAUGAAUAUCCAGCAAUGAUGCAAAUGCACGCAAGAUGCGUUUCCAUUAUCGCAAAUCUCUGGGGGGCGCAAAAGGGAGAGAAAGCGAUUGGUUCUGCAACAACUGGUUCUUCAGAAGCCAUCCAUCUUGGUGGAUUAGCUAUGAAAAGACGUUGGCAAGAAAAACGUGAUGCUGAAGGAAAGGAUAAAUCCAAGCCCAAUAUCAUUAUGGGAGCCAAUGCUCAGGUAGCUCUUGAGAAAUUCGCCCGGUACUUUGAGGUUGAGGCUAGAAUCCUGCCAGUCUCUGAAGCGUCGAAUUUCAGACUUGAUCCAGCCUUGGUGAGAGAAAAUAUCGAUGAAAAUACCAUUGGUAUCUUCGUUAUUCUAGGAAGCACGUACACUGGCCACUACGAACCAGUCGAAGAAAUAUCCAAGAUCCUGGAUGAAUAUGAAGCCAAGACCGGCAUUGAUAUUCCAAUUCAUGUCGACGCAGCAUCAGGAGGAUUUGUAGCUCCAUUCACACAUGCCAAAGCUGAUGGUGCAAAAUGGAACUUCGAGCUCCCGCGAGUCAAAUCUAUUAACGUAUCCGGUCACAAAUUUGGUCUAGUAUAUGCAGGCGUAGGAUGGAUUAUCUGGCGCGACGAGUCGUAUCUUCCCAAACAUCUCAUCUUUGAACUCCAUUAUUUAGGUGGAACAGAGACAUCUUACACUCUUAACUUUUCUCGACCAGGUGCUCAGGUGAUUGCUCAGUACUAUAACCUCAUUCACCUUGGCUUCAACGGUUACCGUCAAAUCAUGGAAAACUGUCUGAGCAACGCCCGUCUCCUAUCCAAAUCUCUCGAAGCCACAGGAUGGUACACAUGCGUUUCUGAUAUCCACCGCAAGAAAGGCGAACAUAAAGCUCAAGGCCAAAGCGCUGCCGUCUUCUUCGCCGAAGAUGAAACAUCCGCUGAUUAUAACGCCGGUCUCCCUGUCGUCGCCUUCCGCUUCUCAGAUGAAUUCAAGAAAGAAUUCCCUCACAUCAACCAAGAAAGUGUCUCCAAUCUUCUACGCGCCAAACAAUAUAUCAUCCCGAACUACCCACUUCCUCCCAACGAAGACAAUAUUGAAAUUUUAAGAAUAGUCGUUAGAGAAAGCAUGAGUUUCGAUCUUCUAGAUCGACUGAUUGCGGAUAUUUGCUCGACGACGCAGAAUUUGAUUGAUAACGAUAAGCAAGAUUUGAGCAUGUUGAAUGAACAUUUGAGUAAGGGACAUGGAAGCGUGGAGAAAAAUCAUGGAAGUUUGGGACAUAGGCAUGGAAAGGGACAGGGUAAGGGAGGUGAAAGACCAAUGAGUCAUGGUGUGCAUAGGGCGGUUUGCUAAUUUGUGUGCAAUGAAUGCGUUUGUGGGAUAUGUGCGCAUGAUAUAGGUACCUACUUUA